AUGAACAUAUUCUACAGUACACAGUUGUGUGUGAGCAAGAUGGAGCCUGACCUGUCUGGUUUUAACAUCGAUGCCCCCCGUUGGGACCAGUUCACUUUCCUGGGGCGGGUGAAGCACUUCUUCAAUAUCACAGACCCUCGCACUGUUUUGGUACCAGAGCGGGAGCUGGAUUGGGCCAAGAUGAUGGUGGAGAAAAGCAGGAUGGGGGCCGUGCCCCCAGGGACUCAAGUGGAGCAGCUGCUGUAUGCCAAAAAGCUGUAUGACUCUGCCUUCCACCCUGACACCGGGGAGAAGAUGAAUGUCAUUGGACGGAUGUCCUUCCAGGUUCCCGGCGGCAUGAUCAUCACAGGCUUCAUGCUCCAGUUCUACAGGACGAUGCCCGCGAUCAUCUUCUGGCAGUGGGUGAACCAGUCCUUCAACGCCUUAGUCAACUAUACCAACAGGAACGCGGCUUCCCCCACAUCAGGCAGGCAGAUGGCUCUUGCCUACGUCACAGCCACAACCACUGCAGUGACCACUGCUGUGAGCAUGAACAUGUUGACAAAGAAAGCUCCACCCUUGGUGGCCCGCUGGGUGCCCUUUGCUGCUGUAGCUGCUGCUAACUGUGUCAAUAUCCCAAUGAUGCGACAGCAGGAACUCAUCCACGGCAUCUCUGUGAAGGACAAAAAUCACAAUGAGAUGGGUCAUUCCCGGAGAGCUGCGGCCAUAGGCAUCACUCAAGUUGUAAUUUCUCGGAUCACCAUGGCAGCCCCUGGCAUGAUCGUGUUGCCAAUCGUCAUGGAAAGGCUGGAGAAACUGCGCUUCAUGCAGAAAGUCAAGGUCCUGCAUGCGCCGUUGCAGGUUAUGCUGUGUGGGUGCUUCCUCAUCUUCAUGGUGCCAGUGGCAUGUGGACUCUUCCCACAGAUAUGUGAAUUGCCAGUUUCCUACCUGGAACAGGAGCUCCAAGACACCAUCAAGGCCAAGUAUGGAGAACACGUGCCUUCCGUCUACUUCAAUAAGGGCCUCUAA